UUGUUUGUUUUUCAGCCGUGUCGGAAUAUAAGUCGUUACAAAAAAAAAAAAUACAAAAAAAAGCCCAAUGGAUGCCAAUGUAACGGAGAUGGACGACGAUUGGACAUUCCUGAAGGGGAUGGGAAUGGAGCCCGGGUGGAUCACCACAGUACUGCUAGUUCCGUGCGCGGUGGUGCUGGCAGCUGGAUUGUUGCAUGUGUACUCCCUGGUGUCGGGCCUGCUGUCCAAAAGCCCGGUGCGCAACAAGGUGCUGCUGCUCAGCGAUGCUUUGUCCACACUUGGAAACGAAUGUGCCACCAUUUUCCACAAGGGCGGCGCCAGGUUGAUCCUGUGCGGGAAAAGCUGGGAGAAACUCCAGGAGCUCUCGGACAAGUUACUCGAUGCUUCUGACCCAAGCCUGCAGACGUUCCCACCUAAAAUGGUGCUUCUUGAUUUCGGGGACAUGGAGUCGCUUCCCGAAGCGAUAUCAGAGAUCCUGGAAUGUUACGGCUACCUGGACAUGCUCAUCCUUAACAGCAGCAUGAAGCUCAAAGCCCCCGCUCACACUUUGUCUCUGGAGCUGGACAAGCUACUCAUGGACAACAAUUACUUUGGCCCGGUCACUCUGACUAAAGGUGUGCUGCCCUCCAUGAUGUCCCGCCGCUCCGGUCACCUCCUGCUGGUGAACAGCAUCCAGGCAAAACUGGCGGUGCCCUUUCGCACUUCUUAUGCCGCCUCCAAGCACGCAGUUCAGGCCUUCUUUGACUGCCUUCGUUCCGAGGUGGAGGAGUUAGGGGUUUCUGUCAGCACCAUCAAUGUCACUUUCAUCAAUUCACAUGCGCCGUCUGGGAAGCAAAACAACACGACGGCCAAGUCCUUCUGGUCAGAUUUGUACACAAAGAAGCCACCGGGCUUUUCUACACGUGAGGCAGCCAGUGAGGUGGCCAAGACUUUGAGCAACAAGAGAAGGGAGGUCUUGAUGGCCCCCUCACUCCCAAAGGUGGCAAUCUACGCACGCUCCUUCUUCCCCAACUUCUUCUUCGCCGUCAUGGCAGCUGGAGUGAAGGACGGCACCAACACUAAAAUGUAGUCCUGCACUAUUCUGGAAAGGAUUGAAGAUUGAAUUCUAAAUGUAAUUGCAUCAAAGUGUUUUGUUAUUACAGAAGAGUGGAACUGCCAAUGUGGGGUAAACAUUUUCGACUGGGUUAUGUCAUACUGUCGUGGUUAUGUAGUUAUGUCGUUUGAACAUCUUGAUCAAGUCCUUUGAAUGCAUUGAUAAAGUCGUCCUUUGAAUAUAUUGAUUGUUAGUAGUGUGUUUAAUUUAACCCUGGAGAACCCAAAAACCCUUUUCUUCUUUGGGAAGUGAUUAAUUUUACAUUAAAUGACUGCUAUAUGUUCACUGAACACCAAAACAUAUGUUUUUCCAAAUAUUUAAUGCAUAAAAUCUGAUCCUUUGGGGUUUAAGGGUAGCGUUUGAGUAGCAGAAUUUAUAGGGGCCAAAUUUGAUCCCGUGGGUUCUCCAGAGUUAAAUUUUAAAGUUACACAUUGCUUAGCAUGACCGUCCUACAGUUCUGAGGUUCUGGAUUUGAAUCUUCCUGUGUGGAGUUUGUGUGUAGUCCCUGUGCUCAAGUGAUUUUUCCCCCUACUACAGUCCAAAAAAGUGGCACGUUAGCCGAGGAAUAUACAGUAAAUAAAAUAU